UAAUACUGUUUUUUCUGUGUUAUCUGAAUUAAAUUACACGUGUAUCAUCAACCAUCAUGAUGUUGUCUGUUAGAACGGCAGCUUAUCUACAGCUGAGAGGAAGCAGUUGGACCAGCUCAGAAAGGCCAGCUCUGUGCUAGGAUGCCCCCUCGACCCAGUGCAGGUGGUAGGAGACAGAAGAAUCCUUGGACGGUGUCUCCACCCCACGCAUGAAGCUGUGGCAGAACUGGAGAGCUCCUUCAGUCUCACCCUGCUGCAUCCACUGUGCACAAAGGAGUGUCGCAGGGCCUCCUCCCAGCAGCUGCUGGACUUCCAUCACUGCUCCCAACAAACUCAAUAAAGUAUUUACACCCUGCUGGUAUUUGCACAGUUUUUCCAUUUUCUCUAAAUAGUCUGUCGUUGUUGGUUUUUAAGCACAAAUAUACAGCACUUUGUGCACCAAUGAUCCUACUCAGCUGCACAUUUCUGUGAGUCCUGAUUUUUUAAUGUUGGAAAUCCGCCUCUACAGUCUCUUAAUUGUUGUCUUUUUUAUUUCAUAUUCUUUACUUUUGUGUGAAUCUGCACGCUCCGUCUGUCCCAGUGAGGGACAAUAAAGGAUAUUUCUAUUCUAUUCUAUUAAAGACAUUCUCAUUUACGUUCAUAUUCCACACUGAAGUAAACCAAACUCUAUUUUACAGUCAUGUAAUUAAAGGACUUUUCAUAACGUUUAUUAUCCAACGCGCGACGCCUUCAGUAGAUUCAGCAGAAAAUCAAUAAAUGUGCUUUUAUUCACUUUCUGCUUCCUUUUCCCAAACAGUGCCUGCGGGAUAAGCCAAUUACGUCAUUUCCUCUAUCCACAUUAGCGGUUUGGUUGCUAAGCUAGCUGGCCACUGAGAGCGUGAACUCUUAAAAAAUGGCUGAUUUAAGCACUUUCAGGAAUGAAGUGGCGCUCGUCGUCAACAGCCUGGCCAGGGCGGUGGUGACGGAGAUUUUCAGCGCGGCGGAGGAAGCUUCUUUAAACAGACAAAGCCCCGAAGCCGAGGAGAAACUCUGUGCUCUCGUUGAGCGUCUGUGUUUUGAAGCUGUGGAGAAAAUCCUGAAGCUGGUCGAUCUGAGCGUUAUGAAGAGCGGCGAGACCGUGGGCCAGAUGCAUGAUGGGAGCGAGGAUGCUUCAGAGACAGCCGGAGGCGAAGGUGGCGGUGGCGCUCCCCUCCCCCCCUUAGAGCAGACCUACAUCUUGGUUUACGAGAACGCUGCCGCCGACUCACAGUGUGUGCUGGUGUCACUGCAGAGCCACGCUAAUGGUGGAAAUGAAAGCAUGCGCGAUGUAACAGGUCAGGGGACUGAGCUGUCCCCCUCCUCACCUGUGCCUCAGGCCGAUGACCACGAGUACGCUCGCUUGACGUCGCCUCCAUCCAGCAGUGCCUCAGUGGCAGUGGGCGGGGUCAGGAAGAGGCCUCGCGGCCGCAGGAAGGGAGCACCACUUGUGGCGUCUGGUGAGGCAACAGAAACUCACCUACAGUGCUCGCACUGCGCCAUGUUGUUUCCAAACAGCGAGCGGAUCGCCGACCACGAGAAGAAGGCUCACCCGGCAUGCUCGGUGUGUGGCGUGCGGUUCACUGGCAUCCUGAAACUGCGUGAACACGAGUUGAAAAAUCACGGGCUGCUGCCAUACACCUGCGACUUCUGCCCGAAGAGGUUCAACCACAAGGCGCACCGCGACCUGCACGUGAAGGCGCGGCACACCGGCGAGAAGAGCUGCCACUGCGACAUCUGCGGGAAGGGCUACGCCUGCGCGAGCGUGUUGAAGACGCACCGCAUCACGCACUUCGACAAGUCGUUCAUCUGUGACAUCUGUGGGAAGGGCUUCUACCACGCCUGCCACCUGACGCGCCACAAGCUGGUGCACCAGGAAGUGCGGCCGUUCCGCUGCACCACCUGUGGGAAGGGCUUCACGCAGGCCGCCAACCUGCGCAGCCACCAGGCGACACACACCGGCGAGCGGCAGCUCUGCUCUGUCUGUGGCAAGAGCUUCCGGUGCCUGAAAAACCACGUCAUCAGCAAACACUCACACGAGCUGCCCGCCGAUGAGCUGCCCGCUGUCGACGCCAUCGUUAGCUGUGAGGUCUGCGGCAAGAAGUUCCCGAACCCGUCGCAGUACCGCGCACACCAGCGGAGCCACACCGGGGAGAAACCUUUCCACUGCGACAUCUGUGGGAAAAGCUACCGUCUGAAGGAGCUGCUGCGCGACCACCGCUACACACACACUGGAGAGAAACCAUACCGCUGCUCGCUAUGCCCCAAGACCUUCAACCUCGCCACAAGCUUCAUGAGGCACCGCAGCAUCCACAGCGGCGAGACGCCGUACAGCUGCCGCGACUGUGGCAAACACUUCCGCCUGCUGACCUUUCUCAAGGCUCAUCUGCAGACCAAAGCUCACCUGAAGCAGACGCAGCAGACAGCAGCGCAGGGAAACGCCCUCCCACCAGUCAGCAGCAUCGAACAGGAGGCGGUCCGAGGCGGAUCCAUAAUCGCUGCCCAGCUGGUGUCGAGUCUUUAAAGCAAAACGAUGAAACCGUAAACACAAACGGGGAGUGGAAGAACUCGCCGUUUGUGUUUACAGUGUUUAAGAACUCAGUGGCCACGGUCGCACUCUGCACCAAAGCUGUGAGGCGUGGCGCCGCGUGGUCGUUAAACUCGUAUCUGUUUGGUAAUAAAUUAGUUAUUACUGAUGUGUCCUAUGACGUCUUUUAAUUUUGAAAACAAACUCAGAUCAGAAAUGAUCGCCACGCCGAAAAAUGAAGAAUGACGUUUGUAUUAUUUGGGGCGUGGCCUCUUUGACAGGUGAA